GGACGUGGCUGCUGUACCUGCCGUGCUCCUGGAGCAUCGCGCUGGCGGCCGGGCUGGCCUGCCUGCCCGACGGGCACAUGCUGUCGCUGUUCGGCGUCGGUGCUGUGCUGAUGCGCGGGGCUGGCUGCACCAUCAACGACAUGUGGGACCGCGACUACGACAGAAAGGUUGUGAGGACAGCCAGUAGACCCCUGGCAGCUGGAGAUAUCUCCACUUUCCAGUCCUUGGUUUUCCUUGGGGGACAGCUGAGCUUGGCUCUCUGUGUGCUUCUAUGUCUGAAUUACUACAGCAUCAUUCUGGGAGCAGCAUCACUGUCCCUUGUGGUCACCUACCCUCUGAUGAAGAGAAUAACAUACUGGCCACAGCUAGUUCUGGGUCUCACAUUUAAUUGGGGAGCCCUUCUUGGCUGGUCUGCCAUCAGAGGCUCAUGUGAGUGGUCUGUGUGCGCACCCCUGUACCUGGCUGGAGUCAUGUGGACCUUGGUGUACGACACCAUUUAUGCACAUCAGGAUAAGAAGGACGACAUCAUGAUUGGUGUGAAGUCAACUGCAUUGCACUUCAAGGAGGAUACAAAGCAGUGGCUCAGUGGCUUCAGCUUGGCCAUGCUCCUAAGCCUGUGUGUGACAGGGAUGAACUGUAACCAGACCUUCCCAUACUACUCAGCUGUGGCUGCUGUUGGGGCUCACCUAGCACACCAGGUUUGA